AUGAAGUCGUCGAAACGUCAUGCUAUUGAUAUUCAUGUCCUUAAGAAACAGCAAGAAGAAGCAAGAAGGAAACAGGAGGAAGACUUGAGAAGAAAACAGGAACAGCAGGAAGCUCUCCGGAAACAGGAACACCAACGGCAGCAGAUGGAGCAACAGAAACAGAAAGAGGAACAAAAGAGGAUGAACGAGUUACGACAACAGCAACAGCAGGCUCUGUUGCGACUUCAGCAACAGCAGCAGGAGCUGCUGAGAAAGAAAGAGAUGCAACAGAAAGCUGAAAUGCAGCAGCGAGAAUUACAGCAGAAGUUACACCAGAAGAGACAGGAGAGUCAGGUGUCUGGUGGAUCUCUGUGGGGUGCUCCUACUCCUGUAUCAGGGACCAUGUCAAUUGCUCAGAUUCAACAGCAAGAGGAAAGGGACAGACAGCAGCGAGAACUUAAAUUACAGCAGCUCCAAGCUCAACAGCGCGAACAACAGGCACGGGGAGUGCCAAGCUGGGCAGAGAGGCCUGCUGUGGUGAACCAGCCUGUCAAGUCAUUGCUGCAGAUUCAACAGGAACAGGCACAACAGCAGAAUAAGAGACAACAGGGACCUGCACUCUCUAGACCACAGGUCUUGUAA